AUGGCGUCAACGGAACAAUCCAAUCAGGUUGUAUGCAUAUACGUACUCAGACCAUCUCCGAAAUAUAAAGAGUCUACCAGGCACCUUGUGACAGAGUUCUUCUUGCUCGUGACACAUGCAUUUCUUCCAGUUCAGGUCCCUGAAACUGAGGAGCCAAUUGAGAAAUCUGUCAAACCUGUUGCAUUGAUUGCCAAGAACCAAGGUAAAUAUCUUAAACCUGAUGAUCCUCCUCAAAACAAGAAGCUCGUCGCCUUGUGGGCACCUUUCUUGCUCUUACACCUUGGUGGACCAGACACCAUCACUGCCUUUUCCCUCGAAGACAAUGCUCUCUGGAACAGACAUUUUCUUGGGCUUGUCUUUCAGGCGCUUGCAGGUGUAUAUGUAGUUGUCCAGUCUCUACCCAAUGUACUCUCGGUGAUAAUCUUGUUGCUUUUCAUUGCUGGGACUUCUAAGUAUUUGGAACGGACAAUUGCGUUGUACCUCGCGAGUUCAGACAAGUACAGGAACUCGAUGUUGCAGGCGUCCAAUUCAAGGUUUGACUACACCGAUCAAACAAGGGACUUAGACAUGGACACGAAACUUGCUUCUGAGAUGAACAUGAAGGAGCAUCGCGGACAACCAAAACCUCUGAAGUUAUUGCAACCACAUAAAGAGUUAACCCACCUUGAGAUUCUUCAAUAUGCAUUCUUCUUGGAGCUGCGCGAUGAAAGCAAGGCCUUCUUCAGUGCAUUGCAACUAAAAGAUGAAGCUUUCUGCAUUAUAGAAGCCGAGCUCGAUUUUAUCUAUGAAGGACUGUAUACAAAAGGUUCGGUUCUUCAUAGUUGGGUUGGACUUGUGUCACGAUUCAUAUCACUGGGAUCCCUUCUGUCAGCCUUCACCAUCUACCAUUACAGACACAAUAAGAUCCAAGAAUUUCACAAAGCCGACAUCGUGAUCACCUAUACGUUGUUCUUAGUUGGCAUAGCUCUGGAUGUUAUAUCCAUCCACAUGUUCAUGGUUUCUGACUGGACAACAGCCAUCCUUGCUAAGCUAAAGGAUGACCCCGACGAAAGGUAUUCAGGGAAAGACCACAUACUCAACUGGAUACUUUUUCUGAAGAGGCCAAAGUGGAAGUGGCAAACAUGUCGUGAGGGAGAUCAGCAGGAGGUGCUUAACACACCGUUUCUACUCAGAAGAUGGACUGGAAGCAUCACAAUGUUAAACUUUCUCACAUACUCCAUGAAGGCAGAUACAGAAAGGAUCCACGACCCCAGGAGUAGAGCAUGCCAGCUUUUAUGGAAGAUAGCAGUUUGCCCUUUCAGUUUCAUUUUCUCCAUCAUCCAGACUUGGUUUAGUAACAUAGCCAAAUGGUUUUGUGCUCUUCACUGGUAUAUCAUCCACCAUGUGAUUAUUCUACCGCCAGGGCAAAAUCAAGUUGCUCGUUCUAUUAUCGGCAUCUUCAAGGCUUUUGUUGAGUUUUGGUUCAAUGUACCUAACUUUUUCGUGUAUCUUGUCACCUCCGUCAUCAACUUCCUAGGCAUCAAUGAUCUGUUCUAUGAGAUAAGACUGCUGCAAAAAAAUUCCCAGAUUCUAUACAGCCUGGAGAAUACCACAACAAAAUCAUCGGCUAGGAGAGAUUGGGCAUCUAGCCAUACCCAGAUUCAAAUAGCAGACCAUGAUAUGCUGCUACAUUACAUAACAGAUGUUGAUUAUGAACACAGUCUUUUGAUUUGGCACAUCGCCACAGAACUCUGUUACCAAGAGGAAGAUUCUGCUAAAGAGAACUGCGACAAAUCUGAGUAUCACACUAACCGCAAGAUCAGCAAAAUCAUCUCGGACUACAUGAUGUAUCUCUUGAUCAUGCAGCCUAAGCUGAUGUCAGAAGUAGCUGGCAUAGGAAAGAUCAGAUUCAGAGACACAUUAGCCGAGGCUGAUAGGUUCUUCAAGAAGAUGGGUAUCAUCAGAGACUCUAGAAAUGUGAAAUUAGCCAGCAAGGAAAUUCUUUCAGCCGAUACAAGUAUCGAACCUAGGGAAGUCAAAGGAAAUCAUAGCAAAUCAGUGUUAUUUGAGGCAAGCUCACUGGCCAAAGAACUUCAGAGAGUGGAAAAGAACUUUGGAGAAGACAAAUGGAAGAUACUUAGCAAAGUGUGGUUGGAGUUCCUCUUCCAUGCAGCAUCACAUUGUGAUGCAACAACACGUAUGGAGCUUCUUAGCAAAGGUGGGGAGUUCAUCAACUUCGUUUGGCUACUAAUGGCUCACUUUGGCCUAGGGGGUUGAUUUGAUUAGCUCAGAUCAAGAAUGGCGGCCAUUCAGAGCC